AGAUUCUUCCCUUCUCACACUUCCUUCGCUGGCCAUUCAUUUUCUUUACUUUCUUUUUCAUUUCCCUUUCCCCUUAUUUCCUCAUUGCCUUCUUGAGAAGACCCCUCUCUUUCUCUCUUUCUCUCUCUUACACGUUUUCUUGUUUAGUACUGCUCUUUCGUUCAAAAAGAUUUGGUCUUGUUCUUGAUCAUUUUUGUCACGGUCGCCAUUUUUUUCCCUAAAAAAGAUACUGCCUGUUUGCUUCCAUGGCUCCAUGAACGAGGCUUCCACUAAAAUGCUUUCUUGUUUUUGUUCUACCAAAAUUCAAAUAUUACUCGCUAUCAAUGGUUCUUUACUGGGUCUCUUUAUACCACUGAACUUUUGAGAGAUCUAAGGUUCUUUCUUCUCUUCUGGGUUUCCUCCAAGAAUUGGAAAAGAAAAAAAAAAAAAAAAACUCUGCGUCCGCUGGCAUUUCCUCUUGUUCUAAUAAUUUUUGGGUCUUACAAGAUCAAGAAUAUAUGAAGAUGGAUCCAAUGAAGUCAAAGAUGAAAGGGGUGUUUAUGCCAGCGAAUAAGAGAGCUCUUAAUGGCAGAGCCAAUGUGAAUGUUGAAGACUUGGAGAUUAGGCCUGGAGGAAUGCUAGUGCAAAAGAGGAAUUCUGAUCCCAAUCAGAAUUCUGUUCCAAUUUCUAGUAUUAAAGUCAGGGUCAAAUAUGGUUCUUUGAGUCACCAAAUCUGUGUUAGUUCUCAAGCAAGCUUUGGGGAAUUGAAGAAGAUCCUAGCAGAACAAACUGGAGUGCACCCACAGGAUCAGAAGCUGAUAUACAAAAAGAAGGAGAGAGAUUCCAAAGCAUAUUUAGACAAUGCAGGUGUGAAAGAUGGAUCAAAAAUUGUGUUAAUUGAAGACAUUACAAGCAGGGAAAGGCGGUGCCUUGAGAUGCUUAAAUCUGCCAAGAUAGAGAAGGCUUCAAAGUCCCUGCAGCAAAUCAGCUUGGAAGUUGACGAGCUCCAAACAAAGGUGAAAGCCUUGGAAGCAACAGCAUCUGGAGGUGAGAAAGUUGCAGAGAUAGAUGCAGAUAAUUUGACAGAAAUAUUGAUGAAUAUAUUAGUAGCAUUGGAUGGAAUUGCUGCUGAGGGAGACUUGAAGCUGCAAAAAGGAAUGCAGGAAAGGAAAGUUCAAAAGUACAUUGAAACUCUGGAUAUGUUGAAGUUGCAAAACUCCAAAGAUAAUAGCAAUGAGGACAAAAUCGCAAUGCAACAACAAGAGAAUUCAAGUGGGAAGAUGCCAACACCAAUGCAGAAGCAACCUGUCAGGCCAAGGCAGAAGAAUACGACUGUGGAGUUGCCAAUACAGCAGCAAUUAUUGAGGCAUUCUGAGUCGUUUGUGAUCACAACAAAUUGGGAAACUUUUGAUUAAGAAGUGGAGCCAAUGCUUAUUUUCAAUUCUAUAGAUUGGAUCUGCUAGUUCUUUCAGUAAGUCAUUCUAAAAUUCUUAGUUUGAUGAUGCUAUCUGUCACUCUGGUUCCUUGACUCAUUCUUUUAUUUGUUAGAUUUAUAAGGGUUUUUCUUUUCUUUUGGUUCAUGUUCAGUCCUGCAAAUGUGCAUCUUAAUUUUUUUCUUUUUCUUUUGAUGGCAGAAAUGGCUAUUUGCAAAUUGUAUAUAAUAACAGCAGAUGGUGGGCAGUAAUGGGGGAGGUUUUUUUUUUUUUUUUUAAUUAUUUCAAUGUGUACCUCAGUAUUUUACAGAUAUAUUAAGUAGCAGUUAUAAUUUGGGGAUUGUGGGCAUGUAUUGAAGAAUUUGUUGCAGCAGCUAUCCUAUCACUGUUGACUCUGUGUAUUGCAUGGGACCACAGACCAACUCAUCUUGAGUUCAUACUUCAUAUGCUAUAAUUCAUUGGCAUUUGAUUAUGAAAUAAAUAAUUUUCCUCUGUUGGUACCA